AUGGGUUUCUUCCGUCGCCAACGGGAGGAUGAUGUUUCUUCCGCGGGUCCCAACGGGCAAAACGGCAGCCUCAGGGACCCGGGUAGGUCGGUGGCCAUCGUCACCACCGCGUCGCUGCCGUGGAUGACGGGCACGGCGGUCAACCCGCUGCUUCGAGCCGCGUAUCUCGCGCGGCGCGGUUUACACGAGGUGACGCUCGUGGUGCCGUGGCUCACGCCCGCGGAGCAGCGGAUGGUGCACCCGAACGUGAUAUUCGACACCCCCGAGGAGCAGGGUGAGUACAUCAACAAGUGGGUGAAGGAGCGGUGCGGGUUUGAACCCAAGAUGAAGCUCGACUUUUACCCGGGGAGGUACGCCACGGAUAAGUACAGCAUCAUCCCCGUCGGGGACGUGUCCGAGUACAUAAGCGACGGGAAGCACGACGUGGCGGUGCUCGAGGAACCCGAGCACCUCAACUGGUACCACACCGGCAGCAGGUGGAGCGACAAGUUCCGACACGUCGUCGGCGUCGUCCACACAAACUACCUCGAGUACGCGCGCUUGGAGGAGCACGGCGCCGUCAAGGAGGCGGCGAUGCGGUUCGUCAACUCGUGGGUCAGCAGGGUGCACUGCCACAAGAUCAUCAAGCUCUCCGACGCCGUCCAGGACUUUCCGCGGUCCGAGACUGUGAACAUACACGGCGUGUCGCCCGUGUUUUUGGAGCCGCCGCCCGCCCCAGAGCCCGAGAAGAUCCGGCCCUCGACCGAGGUUUUCAGCAAGGGGUGCUACUUCCUGGGCAAGGUGGUGUGGGGUAAGGGAUUCAACGAGCUCCUGCGGCGCGUCGAGGAGCACAACACCAGCGAGACCGGGGUGACGCACCCUCUCAAGCUGGACGUCUUUGGCAACGGCGAGGACUUUGACGACGUCACGGCGAGGGCGAAGCAGAAGGGCCUGCCGCUCAAGUUUAAGGGCCGCAUGGACCACGCCUCCGAUGCUAUGCACGACUACAAGGUGUUCAUAAACCCGUCCCUGUCCGACGUCGUCGCCACCACCACCGCGGAGGCUCUGGCGAUGGGAAAGUACGUCAUCUGCGCGAAGCAUCCGAGCAACGAGUUCUUCUCGACGUUUCCAAAUUGCAUGGUGUACGAGACCCCCGAGCAGUUUUCUCAGUGCGUGAAGAAGGCUCUGAGCACCGAUCCCGCGCCGCUCAGCGCCAAGGACAGGUACAGGCUGUCGUGGGAGGCGGCCACGGACAGGUUCCUCGACGCCGCCGACAUCAAGGAGGAACAGAUGAGGGGACCGGGCACGGGGCUCGGGGAUAAGCUCGGCGAGACUUUCUUCGCAGCGGUGCACGGCGUGGCGGCGAAGCACGAGAAGAUGCGGGGUGUGCUGGGCGCGGGGCGGGGCACCGGGCGGGGUCCCAAGGCUGGGGAGCUCGGGACGUGGGGCGGGGUGCCGCCGCAGAGCGACCAACCGGGGUUCACCUCGACGAGGAAGAAACAAUAG